UCGGUCUGCUCGGUACUUCACCCCAUGGCUCAUUCGCUCACGUUUCGGCCUAACUGAAGUAUUAAGAAUGAAUCAGAAAAUCCAGUGCCUGUUGGUGAUAGUGGUUGCCGUCGCCGGCAUCGGUGCAAAAGACUCAGCGACCCAGAAUGGCGCACCCAACGAGAGCAACGGCGGCGAGGAACGGGUGGUUACGAUCCGGAUGGAUCCGUACAUGGACCUGUGCCGGGGGGUGUACGUACCGCCGCCGUCACUGGCCAGUUCCCUGUACUGCUGGUACGAUGUGCGCAACGCGCACAGUGUCAUCUCCCCGUCCAAGGUGGAGGCGCUCAGCAACGAUCCGUUCGUGGCACUGUUCCACGAGUUUGUGCACGAUGGCGAGAUCGCCCAGCUGCAGGCGCUGGGCACCCCACACAUCAAGCAGUCGGGCGCGACCAACGACAGCUGGCUGCCCGUGUUUUACGAGAACCAUCAGACGUACACGCUGCACGAUCGGGACCACCCGGUGGUGGAGCGGCUCACCAAGCGCAUCGAGCGGCGGACGGGCCUGAGCUGUGACACGGCCGAAGACCUGAAGGUGAUCUACAACGAGGUCGGCGCGUUCAAGACGGCCGCACUGGAUGCGAUCCACAAGAAGGAGGACGCCCAGCGCUUCGCCUAUGCGGGCGAUCGGCUAGCGACGAUGCUGUUUUUCCUAAGCGAUGUCACCAACGGAGGGUACACCAUUUUCCCCAAGCUGCGGGUUGCGAUUCGCCCGCAGAAGGGUACGGCGGCGUUCUGGUACAACCUGAAGGAGACCGGGGAAGGCAACGUGCAGAUGAAGUACAGCAUCUGCCCGCUGCAGGACGACCAAAAGUGGACGGCAAAGAAGCUGAUCCACACGCGAGGCAACGAGCUGCGCCAGCUUUGCCGGCCCGAAUCGGCACCGAAGAGUGAGAAGUAGCGGGGUGCGCUCGGCUGCCACGUGAACACGUCACUUCCUCGAAUCUCUUUACCGGCAACGGGGAAGGGUGGGAGGUGAAAUAAACUGGAAAACGAAACAAACGUUAAUUGGUGUGAGGUUGAGCUACAUGCGAACAGGACACGUGUUCCUGUUGCUUGGGUUCUCGGGGAAAAGUUCAGGAAAAAUAACUAAAAAGGUUACAUAUUCAUUCGUUACUAACCAACUAGUGAUGGGAAAACCGAAGUUUUUGUCGGAAUCGAUUCCGGAUAGUAGGUCCGGAAUGAUUUUACGGAAUCGGUUCAAGAAUCGGCUCCGAAAAUGGUCGCGGAAUCGGCUCCAGAAUUGGCUCCGGAAUCGGAAUCAGCACUGGAA